GGAUCAAUACAACUUCAAAACAUUCACAUUCUAUCGAUAGUUCUCGAAACCAACACUUCAAAUCAUAAAUUCAUCAAGCAUAAAUCACUAUGUACAGCCAGUACAUCAUCGCAUUCACUGCUUUCCUAACUAGUAUGUUCCAAACUACCGUAGGCCUCGUUAUUCCAGAGGUUCACCCCUCUUCUACGACUCCAAAUAUCGCUCCUAGACAAGAAGGCUACAAUUGGUGCCACACCGAGAGGCUCGGAACAUGUACCCUUGCAUACAUCAUCGAUUUAACGAAACCUCAUCCAAUCACCAUCCAGGUUACCGAUAACAACUGCGGUGAUGCACUUGGUGGUGCAAGAAACCUAGACAUAGGCUCCACUCUUCCAGAUUUCGAAACAGAUUCCAGACGAACAGAUCCGGUAACAAAGUUUACGAUAAAAAGUGUUGUGAAUGGUUCGCCUGAGAUCAAGGCAGAUGGAAAAACAUUGUCUUGGCAUCCUCCUGCGAGUGCUGAUGCAAGAAAAAUCCAUACUGCACCUUUUGAUUGUCACAUGAGAUAAUUUGUCUGAUUUUGAUGUUGUGCUCAUGCAUAGCGAUGCACAAGUCAUGUUUCAGUAUAGAAACUUCAGGUGGAAUAAGACAAUCUGGAUUAGCUAAUGGCGGUCUACCAAGAAUUAUACUCGUUGCUUUUCAAAAAUGUCGUUUCCA